UUAAAACAUCAUGGUUCCACUAAGAUGCAGCUACCACGCUCUAGAUUGCAACUAACAACUGAGGCGCACAGCUAAUAAUGAAAAUCUGUUCAUCAACACUGCAGUUACUCAACAAUUCAAAUGUAAAAAUCACAUUAGCACGGGCUCACAGCCACGGCAGAACACCAUGAGACAUGAGAUAAAUACCGAGCACCACUGACCUGAUAACUGCAUAAUGGAACAGCAUGUGAGUUAAAGUGGACCUUGUGAAAAUCUACCUUUUUCACUGCUGUCAGCGCCGCAAUAAUCAGCAGCAGCUGGUAUGUUCGUGACAUUUGUAGAAAUCCCCGUGAAGCAGGGUUAGAGUUACCCCUGUGCAUGUGUGACUGUCAGCAAGGAGGGUUACGUACAAGUGCUGAAGGUAACCUCCAAGGAGAGAGGAGGAGGAGGAGGGCGUGAGGAGCUGACAGGUUGUUGUUUGCACUAACAGAAACAGGACACUUCAGUGGACAGGCGGAGACAGCUCGUCAACAUCUUCAGUCAGACUCUAGGGUCAUUUACACACCUCGCACACGGACGGAUUACAAAAUGAGCCACACAGGGGCCUGAAUAAGUCAUGGGGACCCUGAACCAGCGCCUCUAUAUGAAGCGACUGUUCACACCAAACAACUACAAGAUGUAGAAGGCAGAAAAUCACGAAGAGACAAAAUGACACAAAGAUACGAAACAGCUACAAAAAGACAAAAUACAGACAAUCACAAAGAGACACAAAAUGGCUGUGAUAUGAUGAAAAAUAUCUCUUAAAUACACAAAAUGGCCAUAGUGUGGCUACAAAGACAAAAAACAACCACAAAUUACGAAAACAAGAACACAAAAUAGCAAAGGACAGAGACAAAGUUAUAACACUAUGACAUUGCAACAGCACAAUUACAAAGAAACACUAAAUGACAAUAAAGAGACAAAAAAUGUCCACAAAGCAACAACUACACACUUAGAAAGAGACACUAAAUGCCUGCAAGAAAACGUAAAAGGCUACAACACAGCAACAACACAAUUACAAAGAAACAUGAAAUGACAAGAGACACAAUGACUACAGGGAGACACAAAAUGACCAUAGUGUGACUACAAAGACACACAAAGUGAAUCUACAGAGGAAUAGAGCAAUAAAUAAAACUUCAAUGACUUAAGAAAGAAUUCAGAAAAGUACAUAUAGACACUAAAUGACUAGAAGGCAACUACAAACACAGAGAAUACAAGGAGACAAAAAAAUCACAGACACAAAACAAGUAGAAAGAAAAAAACUCAUGUACAAAGACACAAAGCAAAUACUAGAAGACAAAGAAACCACAGAGACACAAAAUUAAUCAAUUACAGAUAUUUCAUGGACUGCCCAUUUUUUUCAUAAUCCAUAAUCCACCUAUGACUCCACAGUCACUACUCAAGUUUUGGAGACUGACCACUGAAAGGAUGAUGAGAAAUUUGACCAAAAUAUAAAACUGGAAUUCAAUAGAUUUUAUGUCCUUCCGAUAUAGUUACACAAUAUAGUUUCACAUAAAUAUGUGUAAUCAAGUAAAAUGUCUUCAUAUGAAUUACAUCUGUAUUUAUUCAUCACGUUAAAAGUGCUGAUUUUAUUAUCGUGUCUGUACUGGUAUUACAAAGCCUAUAAACAUGCUCUCUUCCACACUGAUGGGAUGUAUCUCCAAGCUGACAAGCUGCUGUUCACACUUGCUUCCGUGCACAUCUCCCCCUAAUAUGAUGACAUAUUAAGUUACAAACACUCUCCCAUGCUUAUUCUAAAUGCGGCACAAAGCGGUCGCCAUGUGUUUCCACCCCGCCUGUGAUGUUCACACUGGACGCUGUUAGGUGUUAACUUGUAAACAAAGCACACAAACCAGACAACUUCUCUCAAGGUGGCUGGCGAUCGCUAACCUCGAACACUACAACUGCUAAACUACACGAAGAAAUCUGAUCGACAUAGAUAUAGCUGACUAUAAAUUCAAAAGCAUCAGGGUGAUAUUUGCUGUAAAUUAACAUGCAUGCCUCAGAUUGCCUUUUCCUACAAAGUCUUGACAGUGAACUUGAUUGAAAAGGUGCAAAGAGUUAACCGAACUAUAAAAUCCACAAAGACUAAUUUAUUAUCUGUCUGAUGUCAAAUUUGGCAGCUGACAUAGUGUUCACUUGUUGUCAUAGUUACAGUGAUGCCAUGAAGCUAUCUCACAAUGAUACAGAAAUCUCGAACAAAUUCGUGGAUCCAGACUAUAAGCUGCAUCACUGCCAAAAUCAAGUCACUUGAUCCUUCUUUCAUUUCGGACCUUUCCUGAAAAUUUCAUCCAAAUCCGUUUUUGAAUGAUGUUGCUAAAAGACAGACAAACGUAUGCCGAUCGCCACAUAACUCCGCCAUGUUCCUUGGCGGAGUAAAAAGGUUUAGCUGCAGAACUUUGAUAAUAGACCUUGCAAUAUCGUAAAUACCAUUAAAAACAGAACAAACAACAACAACAACCUGCACUGUACAAAUAGUUCUAUUGUAGUCUCUAGAGGGUAAAAAAGAUGUUGCAAAUUUUUAUUUUUUGUUAUUCUGUAUUGGUGUUUUACUGGCAAAAACUUUACAAAACUCUAUUUUUAUAUUGACCAAUCGGCUGGAAGCAGGUGUAGCUGCUGUAUGUGAUGUGCAGUGUCCCCUACAAAAUGCUGGUACUGAGAAGUUGUACUUAUUACAAAUUUAUCAUAGGACAUGGAAUGAUAGAACACGUAUUCAAAAUAUGUAUGUGCUGUAGAAUCAAAAAGCUAAGGUCAAAUGUAAAAUUCCCCCAAAAGAAGUUGUCUGAACUGCAUGCUCAUCAAAAAGCAAACCUAAUCAUAUUCUCUUUGAAAAGUGAUGUUGACGUUGUAGUGACAUCUGUCUUGACUUAAAGCCAGUUAAUCCAAACAAGGAGUCUUGGAGGUGAAUGAGCAGGUGGUCCUCAAGGGCAGGAAGAACAUGAAGGUCACGAUGCAUCACAGGGACGCCGUUUAUGUUUGAUUUACCCCCAUAAAUACACACAAUGACAAAUUCUUACACCCUAAAUCAACACCGUCACAUUAAAUACAGCAGUCAAUCAAUUCCUCGUGCAUUAAGUGUGAGAUGUCCUGUAGAACGUCAAACAUAAAAAAACAUUAAGCAGCUAAAGACAGUUCUUGACAGUAUGGAAGACAUGUAAAAAUAGUCAUUGGGGAUCACCACCUGCCGCUGCUGACAUGUCCCUAUUAGCACUACGAGAUCCUGUGCCAUAUUUAAGUGUCUAGCAGAGAUUGAUAAUGCAGCUUGAUUGACAUUUGAACACUGACAUUGCCAAGUUUGGAGCAUCCGGUUCGCUUCAGCAGCACAUUCAUGUUGAUAAAAAGGAGCCUCGACCUCCUGCUGGUGUUCAUUUUGAAGAUAUUCCCUUCUGGUGAGAGCUGGGAGCUGCAUUUUACUGUGUUUGACCUGCAGCACUGUGAUUCAACAGGACUGAGGUCUGUGACCCGGUAUCAACAUGAGUAGCGAUGCUGAGAUGGCCCAGUAUGGGCCAGCGGCCAUCUUUCUCCGCAAACCUGAGAAGGAGCGAGUCGAGGCUCAGAACAGGCCGUUCGAUGCCAGAACUGCAUGCUUUGUGCCCGAUGCCAAGGAGCUGUACAUCAAAGGUGUCAUCCAGCAGAAAGAAGGUGGCCAAGCAACCGUGAAGACUGAAGCUGAUGAGAUUGUAACAGUUAAGGAGGAAGAUUGCCAUCCGAUGAAUCCCCCAAAGUACGACAAGAUCGAGGACAUGGCCAUGAUGACACACCUCAAUGAGCCCUCUGUGCUGUUUAACCUCAAAGAUCGUUAUGCGGCAUGGAUGAUUUAUACCUACUCUGGGCUAUUCUGCGUCACCGUAAACCCUUACAAGUGGCUGCCAGUGUACGACCCACAGGUGGUGGCAGCCUACAGGGGCAAGAAACGCAUGGAAGCCCCGCCGCACAUUUUCUCUGUUUCUGAUAAUGCAUAUCAAAAUAUGCUCACAGAUCGUGAGAACCAGUCUGUCCUGAUUACUGGAGAAUCUGGUGCAGGAAAGACUGUCAACACCAAACGCGUCAUCCAGUACUUUGCGACAAUCGCAGUGGCUGGUGGCGACAAGAAGGAGCACUCAUCAGGCAAAAUGCAGGGGACGCUGGAAGAUCAAAUCAUUUCAGCGAACCCUCUGCUGGAGGCCUUUGGGAAUGCCAAGACUGUGAGGAAUGACAACUCUUCAAGAUUUGGUAAAUUCAUCAGAAUUCACUUCGGAACCACAGGAAAACUGGCUUCUGCUGACAUUGAAACUUAUUUGCUGGAAAAAUCAAGAGUGACUUUCCAGUUGACUGAAGAGAGGAGCUACCACAUCUUCUAUCAGAUAAUGACUGGACACAAGCCAGAGCUCAUAGAAAUGCUUCUCAUAUCAACAAACCCAUAUGACUUCCCCAUGAUAAGCCAGGGGCAGAUCACUGUGGCCAGCAUCGAUGACAAAGAAGAGCUGGUGGCCACAGAUACUGCCACUGACGUCCUGGGCUUCACUAAUGAAGAAAAAGUCUCCAUCUACAAGCUGACAGGUGCUGUGAUGCAUUAUGGGAACAUGAAGUUCAAGCAGAAGCAGCGGGAGGAGCAGGCUGAGCCUGAUGGCACUGAGGUGGCAGAUAAAGUCGCUUUCCUCAUGAGCCUGAACUCUGCUGACCUGCUGAAAGGCCUCUGUUACCCCAGAGUGAAAGUGGGAAAUGAAUAUGUCACCAAGGGACAGACAGUCCCUCAGGUCACCAAUGCAGUUGGUGCUCUGGCCAAAUCUGUCUAUGAGAAGAUGUUCUUAUGGAUGGUUAUUCGAAUCAACGAGAUGCUGGACACAAAGCAGCCGAGGCAGUUCUUCAUCGGCGUGUUGGACAUCGCUGGAUUUGAAAUAUUUGAUUUCAACAGCAUGGAGCAACUCUGCAUCAAUUUCACCAAUGAGAAGCUGCAACAGUUUUUCAACCACCACAUGUUUGUUCUGGAGCAAGAAGAAUAUAAAAAGGAAGGAAUCGACUGGGAGUUUAUUGACUUUGGGAUGGACCUGGCUGCCUGCAUUGAGCUCAUUGAAAAGCCAAUGGGCAUCUUCUCCAUCCUUGAAGAGGAGUGUAUGUUCCCCAAGGCCUCAGACACUUCUUUCAAGAACAAACUCUACGACCAGCAUCUUGGAAAAAAUAAUGCUUUCCAAAAGCCGAAGGUUGUCAAAGGCAAGCCUGAAGCUCACUUCACUCUGGUGCACUACGCCGGCACCGUGGACUACAACAUCACUGGCUGGCUGGAGAAGAACAAAGACCCACUGAAUGAGUCGGUGGUGCAGCUUUACCAGAAGUCAUCGAUGAAACUGUUGGCUUACUUGUAUGCUUCAUUUUCUGGUGCAGAAACAGAAUCAAGUAGUGAUGCUGGAGGUGGCAAAGGUGGAAAGAAAGGAGGAAAGAAGAAGGGUGGCUCCUUUCAGACUGUAUCUGCUGUUUUCAGGGAAAAUCUUGGAAAACUAAUGACAAACCUGAGGAGCACACAUCCCCACUUUGUGCGAUGCCUGAUUCCAAAUGAGAUUAAAACACCAGGUAUCAUGGACAACCACCUGGUUAUCCACCAGCUGCGCUGUAACGGUGUGCUGGAGGGUAUCAGGAUCUGCAGGAAGGGAUUCCCCAGCAGGAUUAUUUAUGCUGACUUCAAGCAGAGAUACAAAAUCCUGAAUGCCAGUGCCAUCCCUGAGGGACAGUUCAUCGAUGGAAAGAAAGCCUCUGAGAAGCUUCUUGGUUCGAUUGACAUUGACCACACACAGUACCGAUUCGGUGCAACAAAGGUCUUCUUCAAAGCUGGCUUACUCGGCACUCUGGAGGAGCUGCGAGAUGAAAAGCUGGUCUCUCUCGUUACCCAGACUCAAGCUCUGUGUCGCGGUUAUCUGAUGAGAAAAGAGUUCUCCAACUUAAUUGCACAAAGAGACUGUGUCUGGAUUCUGCAGUAUAACCUGCGAUCGUUCAUGAGUGUUAAACACUGGCCAUGGAUGAAGCUGUUCUUCAAAAUAAAGCCCCUUCUAAAAAGUGCAGAAACUGAAAAGGAGAUGGCGACCAUGAAAGAGGACUUUGUCAAAUGUAAAGAAGAUCUGGCAAAGUCAGAGUCCAAGAGGAAGGAGCUUGAAGAGAAAAUGGUUUCUCUAGUGCAGGAGAAGAACAACCUCCUCCUGCAAGUGCAAGCUGACUCAGAAAAUCUUUGCGAUGCUGAGGAGAGGUGUGAAGGCUUGAUCAAAAGCAAAAUCCAGCUUGAGGCCAAACUCAAAGAGGUGACCGAGAGACUGGAGGACGAGGAGGAGAUGAACGCCGAGCUGACUGCCAAGAAGCGGAAGCUUGAAGACGAAUGUUCUGAACUGAAAAAAGACAUCGAUGACCUGGAGAUGACCCUGGCCAAAGUUGAGAAGGAGAAACAUGCUACUGAAAACAAGGUUAAAAACCUCAUGGAGGAGCUGGCUGGUCAGGAUGAAAACAUCACCAAACUGACCAAGGAGAAAAAAGCCCUUCAGGAGUCCCAUCAGCAAACGCUGGACGACCUUCAAGCAGAGGAAGACAAAGUCAACUCUCUGACCAAAGCCAAGACUAAACUGGAGCAACAAGUGGAUGAUCUUGAAGGUUCACUGGAGCAAGAAAAGAAGGUCCGCAUGGACUUGGAGAGAGCCAAGAGGAAGCUCGAGGGGGAUUUGAAGCUCACGCAGGAAUCACUGAUGGAUGUAGAAAAUGACAAACAGCAGUCUGAGGAGAAAAUUAAGAAAAAAGAAUUUGAAAACAACCAGUUGAUGAGCAAAAUUGCAGAUGAGCAAGCAAUAAACAACCAGCUCCAAAAGAAGAUGAAGGAACUCCAUGCGCGCAUUGAAGAACUUGAGGAAGAAGUCGAGGCCGAGCGAGCGGUCCGAGCCAAGAUCGAGAAGCAGAGGUCUGACCUGGCCAGGGAGAUCGAUGAGAUCAGCGAGAGGCUGGAGGAGGCUGGAGGAGCCACCGCCUCUCAGAUCGAGAUGAACAAGAAGCGCGAAGCCGAGUUCAUCAAGCUGCGACGCGACCUGGAGGAGUCGACGCUACACCACGAGGCCACAGCCGCCGCACUGCGCAAGAAGCAGGCUGACAGCAUGGCCGAGCUGGGAGAGCAGAUCGACAACCUCCAGAGGAUCAAGCAGAAACUGGAGAAGGAAAAGAGCGAACUGAAGAUGGAGAUCGAUGAUUUGACCAGCAAUAUGGAAACAGUUGCAAAAGCAAAGGUGAACCUGGAGAAGAUGUGUCGCUCACUGGAGGAUCAGCUCAUGGAGCUGAAGACCAAAAAUGAAGAAAACAUGAGACAAAUCUCAGAUCUGUCCAAUCAGAGAGCCCGUUUUCAGACUGAGAAUGCUGAAUUUUCCCGUCAAAUGGAAGAAAGAGAAAGUCUCAUUUCCCAGCUGACGAGAGGAAAGCAGGGAUUCACCACACAGAUCGAUGAGUUAAAGCGACUUAUUGAGGAGGAAACAAAAGCUAAGAACGCCCUCGCUCACAGUUUGCAGUCAGCUCGUCAUGACUGUGAUCUGCUUCGGGAACAGUAUGAGGAAGAGCAGGAGGCCAAAGCUGAGCUGCAGCGAAGUUUGUCUAAGGCAAACACUGAGGUGGCUCUGUGGAGGAACAAAUAUGAGACUGAUGCCAUCCAACGCACUGAAGAGCUCGAGGAGGCAAAGAAAAAGCUCGCCCAGCGUCUCCAAGAGGCCGAGGAGCAAAUCGAAGCAGUGAAUUCAAAAUGUGCCUCACUGGAGAAAACGAAACAACGACUUCAGAAUGAAAUGGACGACCUGAUGGUAGAUGUGGAAAGGUCCAACAGCUUUGCUGCUACCCUCGACAAGAAGCAGAGGAGCUUUGACAAGGUUCUAGCUGAGUGGAAGCAGAAGUACGAGGAGUCUCAGGCAGAGCUUGAAGGCACUCAGAAAGAAACUCGAUCUCUGAGCACUGAGCUGUUCAAACUGAAAAACUCCUAUGAGGAAGCCCUGGAUCAUCUGGAGACACUAAAAAGGGAAAAUAAAAACCUGCAACAGGAGAUUUCAGACCUGACAGAACAACUUGGAGAAAGCGGAAAGACGAUUCAUGAGCUGGAGAAAUUUAAGAAGCACGUGGAGACGGAGAAAUAUGACAUGCAGACGGCACUGGAGGAAGCAGAGGCCUCACUGGAGCAGGAGGAGUCUAAGAUCCUACGGGUACAAAUGGACCUGAACCAGAUGAAGGCUGAAGUUGACCGAAAGCUGGCAGAGAAAGACGAGGAGAUCGACCAGAUGAAGAGGAACAACCAGAGGGUGAUGGAGUCGAUGCAGACCACUCUGGACGCCGAGGUCCGGAGCAGGAACGACGCCCUGCGACUGAAGAAGAAGAUGGAGGGAGAUCUGAAUGAGAUGGAGAUCCAGCUGAGCCACGCCAACAGGCAGUCGGCCGAGGCUCAGAAACAACUGAGGAAUGUUCAGGGGCAGCUCAAGGAUGCCCAAAUCCACCUGGAUGACUCAGUCAGAGGUCAGGAUGAUAUGAAGGAGCAGGUAGCCAUGAUGGAGCGCAGAACCACCCUGAUGCAGGCUGAGAUUGAAGAACUCCGAGCUGCUGUGGAACAAACGGAGAGGAGCCGCAAAAUAGCCGAACAGGAGCUGGUUGAUGCCAGUGAGCGCGCUGGACUUCUUCAUUCUCAGAACACCAGUCUAAUAAACACCAAGAAGAAACUUGAGGGGGAUCUAACGCAGCUUCAUGGUGAAAUAGAAGAAGCUGUUCAAGAGGCCAGGAAUGCAGAGGAGAAGGCCAAGAAAGCAAUUACUGAUGCUGCCAUGAUGGCUGAGGAGCUGAGGAAGGAGCAGGACACCAGUGCUCACCUGGAGAGGAUGAAGAAGAACCUGGAGGUCACAGUUAAAGACCUGCAGCAUCGCCUGGAUGAGGCUGAAAACUUGGCUAUGAAGGGUGGAAAGAAACAGCUUCAGAAACUUGAGUCCAGGGUCCGUGAGCUGGAAAACGAACUUGAAGCAGAACAAAAACGUUCUACUGAGGCCAUCAAAGGAGUUCGUAAAUACGAGAGAAAGGUCAAAGAGCUGACCUAUCAGUCUGAGGAAGACAAGAAAAACAAUGUUCGACUGCAGGAUUUGGUGGACAAGCUCCAGAUCAAAAUGAAAGCCUACAAGCGACACGCUGAAGAAGCUGAGGAGCAGUCCAACAUGCACAUGGCCAGAUUCAGGAAAGCCCAGCACGAGUUGGAGGAGGCCGAGGAGAGAGCUGACGUGGCUGAGUCGCUGGCCAACAAGAUGCGAGCCAAGAGCCGUGAAAUCGGCACAAAGCCAUCAUCUUCUGAUACUCCAGCCGGAUGAGGUAGCCGCGACACAGAGCCUGAGUGGACAUCACAACCUGGGCUAAUCGCUCAUCCCUCAUUUCCUCCAAGGCACCGAGCAGGCCGGCUUUAAAAAACACCUGGAAUUACAGGCACCGCGAUCGUUGCAAAAUACUGAAUGACACGUUUGGUGUUGACUGUCUUGCCUGCACCAGAUUCUCCACUAAGAAGAAAAACACAACUUUAUACACAUUUAUCAGCUUGAUGUCCUCUGAAAUAUAUAUAUUUAAAAAAAAAAUCUGUAUUACACUUACGUGAUGAGUAUAGACUGAUUUUCCCGAUCUGAGGACACAAGACAGGAGAGUUAAAUAGAGAGGAAAAAUAUGUUUUGUUUGCUCUGAUUUGCUGCUACAGUACCAGUGAGCAUGAACUGGUAGGCGUUGUCAGACAGGGCGAAGAUGUGAGGGGGAAC